AUGAGUAAUAAUAAAGGUAUAAAUAAUAAUGAAAGUAACAAACCUUCUGAACUAAUUGGAUUAUUUAAUUUGUAUUAUAAUACUAAUGAUGAAAACUAUUGGGAGAUCAUUAAUAAUACAGAUAAUAAAUUCUUUAAAGAAAUUGUAUUUUUUGAUUCCUAUAAAGCUAAUGAUGAUAUAUCUAUCAGCUUUAGUGGUAGAACUUCUUUCAUAGUCUUUUUAAAAGACCAAAAACAAGACAAUACUAUUCAGCAAACAAUAUUAGAAUCUUUUAAACAAUCUAGUGUUAAGAAAUAUAAAAAAAUCUGA